CUGCAGUUAUGGCAGACAUCUUGGAUCUGUGCGAGCACACACUCUCCCUGUCACAUUCGCUGCAGCAACACACUUCGAGACGAACGAUAAUUUCAACGAGACCUUCCUUCAUUUUUGGACCGAAUGUCAUAAGGGCUGACGAUCCAAAAGAGGCACUAGCGUGAACACGAGAAGCGAAAAAGAUGUUUUCAUCGAUGAAAACGCUGAUGGGCGUUGCUGCCCGGGCCGAACAGGUCCUAGUCCGUGGAUAUGCGGCGAAGGCUGCUGCAAAGGCAGCCGCCGGUGCCCAAGGUAAGGUGGUGGCCGUUAUCGGUGCCGUCGUUGACGUCCAGUUUGACGACAACCUACCACCGAUCCUGAAUGCUCUGGAAGUUCAGGGACGUACCGCUCGGCUUGUGCUGGAAGUUGCGCAACAUCUUGGAGAGAACACCGUCCGUACCAUUGCUAUGGACGGUACUGAAGGUCUGGUACGUGGCCAACGGGUAUUGGAUACCGGCUCUCCGAUCAGGAUCCCAGUCGGAGCGGAAACCCUAGGUCGUAUUAUCAACGUCAUCGGUGAACCCAUCGAUGAACGCGGUCCCAUCGAUACCAACCUAUCGGCUCCGAUUCACGCCGAGGCUCCGGAGUUCAUCGAGAUGAGCGUCGAGCAGGAGAUUUUGGUCACCGGAAUCAAGGUCGUCGAUCUGCUGGCCCCUUAUGCCAAGGGUGGAAAGAUCGGUCUGUUCGGUGGUGCCGGUGUCGGCAAAACUGUACUGAUUAUGGAGCUGAUUAACAACGUAGCCAAGGCUCACGGUGGUUACUCUGUGUUUGCUGGUGUCGGCGAGCGAACCCGCGAGGGUAACGAUCUGUACAACGAGAUGAUUGAGGGUGGUGUCAUCUCGCUGAAGGAUAAGACUUCCAAGGUCGCUCUGGUCUACGGACAAAUGAACGAACCCCCAGGUGCUCGUGCUCGUGUCGCUUUGACUGGACUGACCGUUGCUGAAUAUUUCCGCGAUCAAGAAGGACAGGAUGUGCUACUUUUCAUUGACAACAUUUUCCGUUUCACUCAAGCUGGUUCGGAGGUGUCUGCCCUGCUGGGUCGUAUCCCUUCUGCCGUCGGUUACCAACCAACUCUGGCCACUGAUAUGGGUAGCAUGCAGGAGCGUAUUACAACCACCAAGAAAGGAUCCAUCACUUCGGUUCAGGCCAUCUACGUACCGGCUGACGAUUUAACUGAUCCUGCUCCGGCCACCACAUUCGCUCAUUUGGACGCCACGACUGUCUUGUCGCGUGCUAUUGCUGAACUGGGAAUCUACCCCGCUGUGGAUCCUCUCGAUUCCACAUCGCGUAUCAUGGACCCGAAUAUCAUUGGAGCUGAGCAUUACAAUAUUGCUCGUGGCGUGCAGAAGAUCUUGCAAGAUUACAAGUCGCUCCAAGAUAUUAUUGCUAUUUUGGGUAUGGAUGAGUUGUCUGAAGAGGACAAGUUGACUGUUGCCCGUGCCCGCAAGAUCCAACGUUUCCUCUCGCAACCCUUCCAGGUUGCGGAAGUUUUCACCGGUCAUGCCGGCAAGCUGGUUCCACUGGAGGAAACCAUUAAGGGAUUCACCAAGAUUCUCAAUGGUGAGUUGGAUCACUUGCCAGAAGUAGCUUUCUACAUGGUUGGUCCAAUUGAGGAAGUUGUUGAGAAAGCCGAACGUUUGGCCAAGGAAGCCGCCUAAGGUGGAACGCCUAUGUAGGAAAACAGAUCAGCAGCAAACAGUAAUUAGUCUACAGUAGAUCGAAAUGAGGGAUUUGUUGUUUUGAAUGGGGUUUGGAAGGGGACUCCGGAGUCCUCCCACUUUGUUCGGAGUUUUCUUCCAUCUUCAUUCGAUGUAGUAUGUAGGGGGGACAUCAAGAGAAAAGUACCCGAUGCUAAAAUGCAUUGCUUUCAUGUAAUCGUCUGUCGAGUUUACGAAAGAAGGGGAACGUUGUAGCAAGUGAAAAUGAGGUUCAAAAUAUAGACUUAUGAUAUUGGUCGGGAUAAAA